AUGAACUGGAAUCAUCUUCUGCCCUGCCUGCUUAUGCUUCUCCAUGUCUUUCACCACCAAGCCAUUGCGAUGUUUGGAGGGUUUGGAGUUUUAUCAAGUAAAUGUAAAGGGCUGUUUGGGAAAUUCCCGGGAGGAUCCAAGAGUCAGGACUUGAAGGUAGAUGAAUGGGUAACCACGGCUUACGAUCCAAAUAUUACUCCAAAUUUUCUUAGACGCCUUGCCAUAGCCGACGAGGAGCCAGAGUACAUUGCAAAAGUAUCUGAAAGGAUUGUUGGACCACUUAUUAAACUAUUUGAAAAUCAAUCCAAGAACCACCACGACGUAAGCCAAGAGAUGACAAAGGCAAUUCAGGAGGUUAUGGAAGAGAUACAAAAACUGCUUCCCGGAAAAAAACGCAAUGAUCUAGCAAAAAUUGCAAUUUAUGCCAGAGCCCUUGGUGAUAUCACUGCCGCCAACAAACCUGCCGAUUACACAAUAACUGAGCUGGAAAAAAGAAACCGGAAAUGUGUCAUUGCAUAUUGGGAUAUAUGCAUUGAUCCCCCUUCAAGUUCCACUUCCGACAAGGACCCGCGAGUUACUCGCCUCUUCAGUGCUUUGCGGCAAUUGUGGUCUGAAAAAAGGCCUAAACCGUCAUCCGCUUCAAGUAGUUCUAUCCCGGUGUCAUAG